AUGCGUUUCGCUCCCGGCUUGCUCUUGGCCUUGGCCUCGAGUGCCACCGCCCAGCGGUUCACCAACUCUAGUAUUCCUGCUACCGGGUCUGCUACUGAACCUGCUACCGGCACCACCACCUCUCUCUCACCCACUGACACCCAAGUGCCUGAUCAACCCCUGGACCUCGGCUCUGCCAACCUUGGUCCUGGCGCUUCCUUCGUCAAUAGGCCUGAUGGCACUAUCGCCAUUGCUCUCUUUGCCGGACCCAAUGGUGUAGCUUCCUUCUCCAUCGGCAUUCCCAACGACGCUUUCGCCGAUUUCAUUGGAAGCUUAUUUGCCAUCCUGUUCGAAAUCUUUGUGGAGCUCCUUGAGAACGCCCGCAAGCGUGCCGAUACAGACUGCACCCUCGAUGUCACUGUCGACGGCGUCAACGUCUUCGCCGAGGGUCUCACGCCCAACGGCGGCUUUGUUAGCAAAUCCAGCAGGGGAACUCUUGGUGGUGACAGCCCUCCCAACGUUGAGUUUGUUCAGUCUUGUGGUGACAACCCUGCUCAAGCCACUAUUGCCAACGUCAAGAUCGGCGCUGGUGAGGGUGAUGGUGGAAACGGCGGUGGUAACCCCAUCGUGACCGAGACUACUCUGACCAACGGCGAAGGUGAGCCUACUGCCACCGUCACCGACACCAUCAUCCCUACCGGUACUGACACUGAGACCAACACCAACGCUGAGGGUGCUACCACCAACUCUGAAGGCGAGACCAUCGUUCCCACCGGUACCGAGACUUCCACCGACAUCAACACCAACUCUGAGGGCGCCACCACCAACUCCGAAGGCGAGACCAUCACUGCUACCGGCACUGAGACCGCUCCCACCUCCACCGCUACCUCGGCUGCUGGCUUCCCUGGCUCCAUUGGCAACUUUGCUUUCUUCGGCUGUGUCGGUUCCACCGGCGGCUUCCCUACCUUUGAGCUUGUUGAGUCUUCUGCCUCCAUGGACCUCGACCGUUGCGCCGAACUUUGCGAGGGCCGCAGCUACUUUGGUGUUCACGACAACGACUGCUACGCUGGUGACGAGAUCAACGACGACAACACCGAGCGCGUCAACUCUGACCUCUGCGACAUUGAGUGCCCUGGUGACGACUCCGAGUUCUGUGGUGGUGAUGCUCCUCUUGCUCGCCGCAGCCGUCUCAGCCGCCGCCAAGCCAUCUCCAACACCAUCCUCCUCACCGUUUACGUCUCUCUCGGCGGCGCUGAUGUUACUCUCACCAACGUCCUCACUGCCACCGUGACCGACCAGUCCACCAUCACCACCACCUUCACCACCACCAUCGAGGGCGCCUCCACCACCGAGACCCAGACCGUCACCGCCAUCUACGAGUGCUACAACGGACAGUGCUACCCCGACACCGGCAAGGGCGGACGCAUCGUCUACAUCUUCAAGCCUUACCCCGGCGAGGACUGCGACGGCCAGUACGUCUACAUCUCCGAGGCUUGCUCUUGCAAGGGCGGUUCUCAAUACGUCCCCAAGUACUGCUCCAACGGUGACUGCCACGGUCUUACCGUCUACAAGCCUGAGCAGUGUGAUGACUGGUACAACUACGACGUCUGCUACACUCCUGCUGACUGCGACACUUGCGAGCACGGCCAGGUUGUCUACAAGCCUUGGGAGAACAGCUACGGUACUCCCGACCACCCCAAGGUUCCUGAGCUCCCUGUCUGCUCUUCUUCUGGCUGCCCCGAGACCGAGCACGGUUCCAAGCCCGCUCCUCCUUGCUACGGUGACCACUGUGAGGAGUCUGGCUCCAAGCCUACCCCUCCUUGCACCGGCGACCACUGCGAUGAGUCUGGAUCCAAGCCUGCUCCUCCCUGCACUGGUGAUCACUGCGAUGAGUCUGGAUCCAAGCCUGCUCCUCCCUGCACUGGUGAUCACUGCGAUGAGUCUGGAUCCAAGCCUGCUCCUCCUUGCACCGGUGACAACUGUGAAGAGUCCGGCUCCAAGCCCGCUCCUCCCUCUGGAGGUUCCUCCGACUCUGGCUCCAAGCCCGCUCCUCCUUCCGGUGGCUCUUCCGACUCCGGUUCCAAGGGCGAGGCUCCUUGCUCUGGCGACCACUGCGAGCCCACUAUUGUCAGCUCCGCUGGCAAGCAGGCUGUCGGCGGCCUUGCCCUCCUCGCUGCCGUUGCUGCUGCUCUUCUCUAA